AUGGACAUAUAUCUCGAAACCCCCGCCGCCGACCUCUACGCCCUCCGCGCCGCGCUCUCCAGCGACAUGGACUCGGACGAUCUCGACAUUGAGUCAAUAUUGGACUCUUCCAAGAGGAAAAUCAGAAAGCUGGAAAGUCAGCUCCACACGGUCAACAAUCGGGUGGAGAAGAUGCGGGAGGAUUCCGAUGAGUUGAGGGAGGAUUACGAGGAGUUGGAUGAAAGUGUGGUGGCGAUUGAUGAGGGGGUGAGGAUGGAGAGGGAGAGGAUGAGGUUGUUGAGUGUGUGGGCUGGGAAGAAGAGGGGGAGGGGGGAGAGGAGGGUGAGGGUUGAACGGAAGGAAAGGGAGGAGGGGGAGGAUGGGGGAGGAUGGAUGGGGAAUGGGGAUGGUGAUGGACAGGAUAGUAAUGGAGAGGAUACAGAUGAGGCUGAAGAUGGAGAUGGGGAUGAUGGCGGAGGAGAAAGGGAAAAUGGUGGAGGAAAUGGGGGGAAUGAUGAACAGCAAGGUGGUGGUGCUGGUGCUGGUGCUGGUGGAGAGGAACUUGAGGAGGAAGGGAGCAGGACAGAAGAGGACAGGGGAGAAAGGGGUGAUGAGGAUAAGGAGAGGAAAAGACAAGAUUCCAGUAACAACUCAGAUCCCUCGUCGAGCGGGUUGGGAAGUUCUAGUUCUGAGGAAGAAAGGGGCGGCGAUGACGAUAAAAAGAGAAAACGAAAGGACUCCACCGACUUGGGUCGUUCUUCUUCAAGCGAAUAG